CCUUGUUUCACUAGGAAUCUAAACAUAGCGAACCGGAAAUGUGUCGCACAUAAAACGUUUUGCUUGUGUACAUGCGUAGCGGGAAUCACACAGAUGUUUUGAAAUACCAAGGAAAGUAAGAUAGCGAGUUGAACCCCGACAUGGAGAAUCAAACCCAUGCUAAGAAAGCCUCUGCGCCCUCUGUGUCCCAAAUCAACGCAGAAUAUGUCACACAGUUGUCUAACAGAUACUGGGCUCCCCAUGCCAAGAAUAAACUACCAUUUGACCCAAAGGUUUUGGAGGAUGUCUAUGAGAGAGAGAUUCUCAAGUCCAAGUUCGCCAUUAGGAAGAUCAUGUUGUUGGAGUUCAGUCAGUACCUAGAGAACUACCUGUGGGUGAACUAUAAUCCUGAGGUCUCCAGUAAUGCCUACCUCAUGUCCAUCUGCUGCAUAGUCAAUGAGAAGUUCAGAGAGAACGUCCCUGCCUGGGAGGUGUUUAAGAAGGAGCCCAGCCACUUCCCGUACUUCUUUAAGUGUGUGAUGGAGGCCGUGCUGGCUGGAGAGGAGGCUGGCCUGACUCUGAAGGAGCAGACUGUACUGUUGGUCUUCCUUGACCACUGCUUCAACAGCCUGGAGGUGGAUUUGAUUAGAGAGCAGGUGCAGCAGCUCAUCUCACUGCCCAUGUGGAUGUGUAUCUUACCUUCUAGACUGCAACACGAGCUGAAGAAAGUUCCCAAGCUCCAAAAGUUCUGGAAUCUGAUCAAGAAGAAUUUUGACAAGCUGGAAGGCAAAGCAUCAGAGCAAGCUAAGAUGGAGAGGACGUUCCUCUCUGCUCUCAUUAAGAAGUUUCUUGGUGUUCUGGUGUCCAUUUCCCCAGCAGGCCCUGUACCCAUGGAGAAGGUGCACUACUGCGAGAGGUUCAUCGAGCUCAUGAUUGACCUGGAGGCCCUGCUGCCCACCAGGCGCUGGUUCAACACGGUGCUGGACGAUUCCCACCUUGUGGUGAGCUGCCACCUGUCCAGUCUCAUGCAGAGAGAGAAGGAGGGUCACCUCUUCUGCCAGUUACUGGACAUGCUGAAGUUCUACACAGGCUUUGAGAUCAACGACCAGACGGGCAACGCCCUGACGGAGAAGGAGAUGACCACGCUCCAUUACGACAGAAUCACUUCACUGCAGAGGGCCGCCUUUGCCCAUUUCCCAGAGCUGCAGGACUUUGCCCUGUCCAAUGUGGCAGCAGUGGACACACGGGAAUCCCUUACAAAACAGUUUGGUCAUCUCAGUUCCAACACUCUCCACAGGGUGGCCUCGUAUCUAUGCCUCUUACCAGAGCUGGCAGAGGGACAGGACACCACCUAUGAGAAGGAGGUCCUCCUGGAGCUGCUGGUGUCUCGUCAUGAGAGGAGAAUCUCCCAGAUUGAGCAACUUAAUCAAAUGCCUCUUUAUCCAACGGAGAAGAUUAUCUGGGAUGAGAACAUCGUCCCCACUGAGUACUAUUCUGGCGAAGGUUGUCUGGCUCUGCCGAAGCUGAACCUGCAGUUCCUGACCCUCCAUGACUACCUGCUGAGAAACUUCAACUUGUUCCGUCUGGAGUCCACCUACGAGAUCAGACAGGAUGUGGAGGACGUGGUGACUCGCAUGAAACCAUGGCAGUCAGAGUAUGGUGGUGUGGUGUUUGGGGGCUGGGCCAGGAUGGCUCAGACCAUCACAGCCUUCUCCAUUGUGGAGGUGGCCAAGCCCAACAUCGGCGAGAACUGGCCCGCCCGUGUCCGAGCGGACAUCACUGUCAAUCUCAACGUACGAGACCACAUCAAACACGAGUGGGAAGGGCUGCGUAAGCACGAUGUUUGCUUUCUGGUCACGGUGCGGCCCAACCUGCCCUACGGCACGCGCUUUGACCGCCGCCAGCCCUUUGUGGAGCAGACAGGCCUGGCUUACGUGAGGGGCUGCGAGGUGCAGGGCAUGCUGGACGACAAAGGCCGUGUCAUCGAGGAAGGCCCUGACCCCAAGCCCAAACUGAGAGGAGACACCAGGACGUUCAGAGUGUGGCUGGACCCUAACCAGUACCAGCAGGAUAUGACCAGCAGUAUUCAGAACGCCACUGAGGACCCCUACGAGUCCUUCAACAUCAUCAUGAGACGCAAGCCCAAAGAGAACAACUUCAAGGCUGUCUUGGAGACGAUCAGGAACCUGAUGAACACUGAGUGUGUGGUCCCAGAAUGGCUCCAUGACAUCAUCCUGGGCUAUGGUGACCCGGGCUCUGCCCACUACUCCAAGAUGCCCAAUCAGAUCUCCUCCCUGGACUUCAAUGACACCUUCCUGUCGAUUGACCACCUGAGGUCCUGUUUCCCUGGUUACACUGUCAAGGUCGCCGAGGACAACCCUGAGCUGCAGAUACCCCCUUUCAGAAUCAAGUUCCCUGUGCAGAACAAGGUAGACAAAGGCAAGAAGAGGAAGGCAGACUCUGAGGAGAAAAAGGAGGAAGAAAAAACGCUUCUAGUGGAGCCUCACGUCACGCCCAACCGGGGACCCUACCCCUACAACCAGCCCAAACGAAAUACCAUCCAGUUUACACCAACUCAGAUUGAGGCCAUCCGCGCUGGGAUGCAGCCUGGACUGACCAUGGUGGUGGGUCCUCCAGGUACAGGAAAGACGGAUGUGGCCGUCCAGAUCAUCUCCAACCUCUACCACAACUUCCCUGAGCAGAGAACCCUCAUAGUCACACACUCCAACCAGGCUCUGAACCAGCUGUUUGAGAAGAUCAUGGCUCUGGACAUAGACGAGCGUCACCUCCUGCGUAUGGGCCAUGGAGAGGAGGCUCUGGAAACCGAGAAGGACUUCAGCAGGUAUGGGCGUGUGAACUACGUGCUGGCCAGGAGGCUGGAGCUGCUCAGAGAGGUGGGUCGUCUGCAGGAGAGUCUGGAUGUCCCUGGAGACGUGUCCUACACCUGUGAGACCGCCGGACACUUCUACCUCUACCAGGUGAUGUCUCGCUGGGAAGAGUACAUGAGCAAGGUCCGGUCUAAGCAGGGCUGUCCGGUGGAGGCCGAGGCCGUGGCAGCACACUUCCCCUUCCAUAAGUACUUCUCCAACGCCCCCCAGCCUGUGUUCUACGGUCGCUCCUACGAAGAAGACAUGGACAUUGCAGAGGGCUGCUACCGACACAUCAAGAAGAUCUUUACCCAGCUGGAGGAGUUCCGGGCCUUUGAGCUGCUGAGGAGUGGACUGGACCGUUCCAAGUACCUGCUGGUGAAGGAGGCUAAGAUCAUCGCUAUGACCUGCACCCACGCUGCUCUCAAACGCCAUGACCUGGUAGAGCUGGGCUUCAAGUAUGACAACAUCUUGAUGGAGGAAGCAGCUCAGAUCCUGGAGAUAGAGACCUUCAUCCCUCUCCUGCUGCAGAACCCAGAGGACGGUUACAGCAGGCUGAAGCGUUGGAUCAUGAUAGGAGACCACCACCAGCUGCCCCCCGUCAUUAAGAACAUGGCCUUCCAGAAGUACUCCAACAUGGAGCAGUCCCUGUUCACCCGCUUCGUACGCCUAGGGGUGCCCACCGUUGACCUGGACGCUCAGGGACGUGCCCGCGCCAGUCUGUGUAACCUGUAUAACUGGCGCUAUAAGCAGCUGGGGAACCUGCCCCACGUACAGCUCUUGCCCCAGUUCCAGGCCCCCAACCCUGGCCUGACCUUCGACUUCCAGCUAGUCAACGUGGAGGACUUCAACGGAGUGGGAGAGUCCGAGCCCAACCCUUACUUCUACCAGAAUCUGGGUGAGGCAGAGUACUGUGUCGCUCUGUUCAUGUACAUGCGUCUGUUGGGUUACCCUGCCGACAGGAUCAGCAUCCUCACCACCUACAAUGGACAGAAACACCUCAUCAGAGACGUCAUCAACCAGCGCUGUGCUGGGAACCCCUUCUUUGGACAGCCCAACAAGGUGACGACGGUGGACAGGUUUCAGGGUCAGCAGAAUGACUACAUCAUCCUGUCACUGGUCCGCACCAGAGCUGUGGGACAUCUGAGACGGGUCAGUCUGUUCCAGAACUGCUUUGAGCUGAGCCCUGCCUUCAACCAGCUCACUGCCAGACCCAUGAAGCUCCACAUCAGACCCAAUGAAUACUACACACAGGGACAGCCUAGAGAGCCUCGUUCGUCCCAGCCCGACCAGGUGAUCAAGAACAUGCCGGAGAUGGCCAAUCUGGUCUACAACAUGUACAUACACAUGAUCCAGAGCACCCAGCAGUACAGACAGCAACAGCAGAAGCUCCUGCCUCCCCCUCGGCAGACCCAGGCAGAGGAGGACCAAGCCGAGCCCCCAGUUGAAAUGGAGAACAAGGAAGAGCCCCCAGUUGAAGUGGAGAACCAGGAAGAGACCCCAGUUGAAGUGCAGAACAAGGAAGAGACCCCGAUGGAGCAGGAGCCCUCAGGGGAGACCGGCACAGAGAAGACCCCACAGGAGACACCAGAGAAGGUGCAAGAGGAGCACCCCAAAAUGCCAGAGCACCCUGGCCGAGAUAGCGAUAGUGAUGGAGAGGAGAGUGAUGAAGCGGAAGCACCUUAGUGGGGCCUCUCUGUGGGCCUCUGCACUGCUUUAUCUGGCCAUAGAUGGGGCCAGAACUGGACUGUCCCUUAGAAAAGAGGUUGGAGCUAAAAAUGAUUAUCCUGUUUUAGAAUUUUUUUUCUACUGAAGCCGUGAACAUGUCUUGAAGCCUUGAGGAUAAUGUUUAAUUCGAUUUUCCGAAAUGGUCUGUUUUGUAAUCGAUACUUUUUUAGUAAAAUACUUCUCAAUGUGAA